UGGUUGGCUAUGAUUUCUGGGUGUGGCUAUCUCUGCCGCACUUUCCUGGGGGUGGUCCCUUCCCUGCUCUGGGACCCCUGAGGAGAGGGGAGAUGCUGCAGUAGUCACUGGGCCUGGAUGUGAGCUAGGCUGUGGUAGAUUUUCUCUGGCCUCUCAGUCCCUUAGAUAGGAGCUAGUGUCCUGCCCCAGUGGGAAUUAAGGACAGGCCCAGCCAUGCCCCACAUGACCCCCAGGCCUGAGAAACCCUGGAGCAUGCUCCUCCCCCACUGGUCCUUGGGGACAGCAAAGCAGGGAGGGGCUGCUAUACCCACCCUGCCCAAGGCCUGCUCUGGGGCAGCCUCCCUGGGCACUGACCCAGUUUCUGACGUUCCAUCCCCUGGAGGCCAGAUGGGCCAGUUGAGAUGAUUGUGAGAAGCUGCUGGGACCCUGGCCCUGUUUUCCUAUUUCCUGCUCCCAGAGGGAGGUGGUCAUGUAUGGAUCCAUCUGCCUCUUACCUUGAGGAGGGGGGUUCUCCUGCACAGCUUCUCCAGUGAUGUCAUGCCUUAACCCUUCUCUCCCCAGCAGCCACUGCCGGGUUGCCCUGGUGGGAGUGGGCUCUGAGCAGGACUCCUGCCUCUCCCUCCAGAGGAUAGUGCUCUUUGAUGCUUUGAGGUGGGGGAGGGGUUGGGGCAUGUCUCCUCAGCUGCUCUGGGGCCUCCUGGUGCUACCAGGACCAGAGAGCAACUGUACCCUAGCCUCUGGCUCCCACCGGGUGGCACCCGGGUCCAUAGGCACAAGGCCAAGAUGGGCUGUAGCAGGCACAGAGGGGGUUGAAGGACAUCCAGAUGGUGUCCUUCAACUCUGCUCCCAGAGAAGAGAGAGGCUAGUAAGAGAGGCCCACUGUGGGGCUCCAUCUGUGUCCUUGGAGCACAUAUGGUAGGACGUAGAUGGACUGCGGCCCCUCAGAGGCUGCUUGCCUACCUGGCCUUGUCCCCAGUCUGUCAACUGACCAGAGUCCAGGUCAUGGGGGUCACAGUCAACUUGGCUUCUUCCAGCCUGGAGGCAUGGUGCUGGGUGUGUGGCAGCUCCAGAGUCAGUGGGCCUGGGCCCUGUCAUCGCUGUCCACAGGACAUCUACCUCCCCAGUCUGUUUCCUGGAGUCCCCUCCCCAUGGCGGACUCCUUGGGGAGGUGCAAGAGAUGACAAAGGCCCGAAGGCCCAGCCUAAGCCCCAAGUGGCUGCAGCCCCCUGUUGUUGUUGCAGGGCAACCAUCGACGAGGUAGAGACUGAUGUGGUGGAGGUCGAGGCCAAGCUGGACAAGCUGGUCAAGCUGUGCAGCAGCAUGAUCGAGGCCGGCAAGGCCUAUGUCAGCACCAACAGGCUCUUCGUGAGUGGCGUCCGCGACCUGUCCCAGCAGUGCCAGGGUGAUGCUGUCAUCUCGGAAUGCCUGCAGAGGUUUGGAGAUAGCCUGCAGGAGGUGAUCAACUACCACAUGAUCCUGUUUGAUCAGGCCCAGAGGUCCGUGCGGCAGCAGCUCCAUAACUUUGUCAAAGAGGAUGUGCGGAAGUUCAAGGAAACAAAGAAGCAGUUUGACAAGGUGAGGGAGGACAUGGAGCUGUCCUUGGUGAGGAAUGCACAGGCUCCGAGGCACCGGCCCCAUGAGGUGGAGGAGGCCACAGGCGCCCUCACCCUCACCCGGAAAUGUUUCCGCCACCUAGCCCUGGACUACGUGCUCCAGAUCAAUGUUCUCCAAGCCAAGAAGAAGUUUGAAAUCCUGGACUCUAUGCUGUCCUUCAUGCAUGCCCAGCACAGCUUCUUCCAGCAGGGCUACAGCCUCCUGCACCAGCUCGAUCCCUACAUGAAGAAGCUAGCAGCUGAGCUGGACCAGCUGGUUAUUGAUGCGGCAGUGGAAAAGCGAGAGAUGGAGCGCAAGCACGCAGCCAUCCAGCAGCGGACACUGUUGCAGGACUUUUCCUACGAUGAGUCCAAAGUGGAGUUUGAUGUGGAUGCACCCAGCGGUGUGGUGAUGGAGGGCUACCUCUUCAAGAGGGCCAGCAAUGCCUUCAAGACGUGGAAUCGGCGCUGGUUCUCCAUUCAAAACAGCCAGCUGGUCUACCAGAAGAAGCUCAAGGAUGCGCUGACUGUGGUGGUGGAUGACCUCCGCCUGUGCUCCGUGAAGCCAUGCGAGGACAUCGAGAGGAGGUUCUGUUUUGAAGUCGUGUCACCUACGAAGAGCUGCAUGCUGCAGGCGGACUCUGAGAAGCUGCGGCAGGCCUGGGUGCAAGCAGUGCAAGCCAGCAUUGCCUCCGCCUACCGCGAGAGCCCAGACAGCUGCUACAGUGAGAGGCUGGACCGCACAGCAUCCCCAUCCACAAGCAGCAUUGACUCUGCCACGGAUGCUCGGGAGCGCAGCACCAAGGGUGAAAGUGCACUGCAGCGGGUGCAGGGUGUGGCUGGCAACAGCCAGUGCGGUGACUGUGGCCAGCCAGACCCCCGCUGGGCCAGCAUCAACCUGGGUGUGCUGCUUUGCAUUGAGUGUUCCGGCAUCCACAGGAGCCUGGGUGUCCACUGCUCCAAAGUGCGGUCCCUGACACUGGACUCCUGGGAGCCAGAGCUGCUGAAGCUGAUGUGUGAGCUUGGAAACAGAACUGUGAACCAGAUCUAUGAGGCCCAGUGCGAGGGUGUGGGCAGCAGGAAGCCCACGGCCAGCAGCCCCAGGCAGGACAAGGAGGCCUGGAUCAAGGACAAAUAUGUGGAAAAGAAGUUUCUGCAGAAGCCACCCAUAGCACCCAGCCAAGAUGCUCCAAGGCGCUGGCGGGUGCAGAAGUGCCCACGCCCCCACAGCUCUCCCCGUGCCCCCACCACCCUCCGCAAGGGCCAACUCGAGCCUGUUCUGCACUCUGUCGCUGCCCUAUCCUCAGCGGGCACUCUGGAGCACAAGUUCCGCCGGGAUUCCCUCUUCUGCCCAGAUGAGCUAGAUUCCCUCUUCUCCUACUUUGAUGCAGGGGCCACAGGGACUGGUCCACGCAGGGCCAGAGACCUCUCAUGCCCAGGAUACCCUUUGCUGCGGGCUGCAGGUCUGAGCAGCGACAGUGGCCUGGGCGGCAGCUCUGAUGGCAGCUCGGACAUCCUGGCCUUCGGUGUGGGCGUGGGCUCCAUGGUGGACAGUGUCAGGGAAGAGGAGGGUGUGGAGUCUGAGGAGUCCAGUAGUGAGGUGGAUGCGGAUGCUGAGGCUGAGGCCUGGGGCCUGGCUGAUGUGCGCGAACUGCACCCUGGGCUACUGGCACACCGCGCUGCACGUACCCGAGACCUCCCCGCACUGGCCAUGGCACUGGCCCACGGGGCUGAGGUCAACUGGGCUGACGUGGAGGAUGAGGGCAAGACACCACUGGUGCAGGCCGUGCUAGGGGGCUCCCUGAUCGUCUGUGAAUUCCUCCUGCAAAAUGGAGCAGAUGUGAACCAAAGAGACAGCCGGGGCCGGGCGCCCCUGCAUCAUGCCACGCUAUUGGGUCACACUGGCCAGGUCUGCCUGUUCCUGAAGCGGGGUGCUGACCAGCACGCCCUAGACCAAGAGCAGCAGGACCCACUGACCAUUGCGGUACAGGCGGCGAAUGCCGACAUUGUCACGCUGCUCCGUCUGGCACGCAUGGCCGAUGAGAUGCGGGAGGCUGAGGCAGCCCCAGGCCAGCCUGGCCCCCUGGCGGGCAGCAGCCCCACAGAGCUCCAGUUCCGAAGGUGCAUCCAGGAGUUCAUCAGCCUCCACCUGGAGGACAGCUAGGGCUGGCGGCUGGGCGGUGGGUGGCAGGCGGGCAGCUGCCAGAGCCCCAGCCGCCCAGCUGAAUGGCCCACAUGCCUGUGAAGACGCUGGUCCUCACAGCUGCACCCUGCCCCUGUUGACACGGCCAUUUCCAACAGCCCCAGUGCCUGGCGCCGGGCAAGCCCCUGCCCCCUCUUUUCUCUCCUUCUAGCCACCUGGACCCUUGGGCCAGGAGAGGGACCCUGGGGACAGGAGCAGACCCCAGCACCAAGUCUUUAAAGCCCACAUUUCCCUGGGAGGUGCUGCGUCAUUUGGUGCCCUCACUCCUACUGAGAACCCUGGGUCUGCAAGUCAUGACUUCUCCAGGGCCUGGGUUGUUCAUUUAUGUCACAAAUCACUCUUCCUCAUGUCCCCACUUGACAGCCUCAGAACACUGACCUGCUAGUUGGGUCCCUCCCACAGACCCCCAGAGCCCCACCUCUAGGCCCUGAGGCUGGUGGCCCGCUGCCAGCACCUUCCCAGGGCAGGAUGGUGGCCCAUGCAAGGAGCCAACUCAAGUACCUCAUGCAGCGACCCUGGCACCUAGGCUGGGCUCCGCAGGUGCUGGGCAGGUGGGACUCUGGCCUGGGCCCUCAGGCCUGGCUUGACGCGGGCGUCCCUAGGCCAUGUGGCUGGCCACACAGGCUUCCCUGCCAGACACCCAGGCCUGUCCCUGUCUCUUUCCAAUACAUGGUCUCAUGGAACUCAGCCCAAACCCUGUACAUAAGUCACAUGGGCACGUUCCACCCAUGCCUGAUGUCCUUUUUGCUGACUGAGUGGAUUUUCUAUGGUGACCUUGUUCUGACUCUGUGUCUUUCCUCUGGACUUUCGAGGACCACCUUGACUCCAGCUCUGCCUACUGCUGGGGGAGGCCCCUACCCUUCUGCACUGCCCCUCCCAGCCUGGCCCUUUAGGCUAGGCUCUCUGACGGGUCCAGGGACCCCUCACUUAUUUUGUGGGGCCCACUAAUGCCUUCAUGUUCCCUUGAACAUAGGCUGGGCCUCCCAGCUGUGGGCCCUCAGGCCAAGGCCAGUCAGCUAGCCACUAUGCAAUGCUGCCCGGAGGCUCUGUGGGCAAGCCACCCCCCUGCCUGCUGGCUAUGACCCUCUAAAGAGCAGAAUUAACCCCUUUAUCCCUCUGCUUGAGCUUGGCCCCUCCUCCGGCCCUGCCCAGGCCGGGGGUCCACCCUCCUGCUCUGAUCAGUUGCUCAUUGUUAAUAAAACGCUUGCGCCCUCUGCCUGCCCACUA